CGUAAUAUUUAGACGACUCUUGUCACGACGCACAAACAAUAACAUUUCGUCCAUUAUGAUUAGAAUAAUUGUUUAUCGCUCAAUGCUGGUAAUUGUUUUUUGUGUCAGCAUGACCUAAAAAGCAUUCCCUACUCUCUUCCUGAUGUAUACCCGAUUAUUUGGUGGAUUGAGGGCCGUUUAAUAGACCUAAAAUGUCUUUUUUGGUGGAUUCUGUCGUCAUGUUCACCUCUCAGGUGCUGUUCUUUGGAUUUGGCUGGCUAUUCUUCAUGCGACAGCUAUUUAAAGACUAUGAGGUGCGUCAGUAUGUGGUGCAGGUGGUCUUCUCCGUCACCUUUGCAUUUUCGUGUACCAUGUUUGAGCUCAUCAUCUUUGAGAUUCUGGGUGCCUUAAGUAGUAGCUCCAGAUAUUUCCACUGGAAGCUGAAUCUUUACGUGAUUCUGCUGGUCCUCAUCUUCGUGGUGCCUUUCUAUAUCGGCUACUUUGUGGUGAGCAACAUUCGCCUGUUGCACAGACAGAGGUUGCUGUUUGCCUGCGUGGUGUGGUUUACCUUCAUGUAUUUCUUCUGGAAGUUAGGCGACCCUUUUCCCAUCCUCAGUCCCAAGCACGGGAUUCUGUCCAUUGAGCAGCUCAUCAGUCGUGUCGGUGUGAUCGGAGUCACGCUCAGCCUCUUGUCUGGCUUUGGUGCCGUCAACUGUCCUUACACGUACAUGUCUUAUUUCCUCAGAAACGUGACCGACAGCGACAUUCUCGCUUUGGAGAGACGGCUGCUUCAAACAAUGGACAUGAUCGUCAGCAAGAAAAAACGCAUCGCCAUGACGCGGAGGCAGAUGUACCAACGCGGAGAAGAUCAGAACAAGCAGACGGGAUUGUGGGGCAUGAUCAAGAGCGUCACGUCGUCGCAAACGGGCAGCGAAAAUCUGUCGCUCAUCCAGCAGGAGGUGGACGCUCUGGAGGAGCUCAGUCGGCAGCUUUUUCUCGAGACUGUGGACCUGCAAGCCACCAAGGAGCGCAUCGAGUACUCCAAGACAUUCCAGGGAAAAUACUUCAACUUCCUCGGCUACUUCUUUUCCAUCUACUGCGUGUGGAAAAUUUUUAUGGCCACCAUCAACAUCGUGUUCGAUCGAGUUGGGAAGACGGAUCCGGUGACUCGAGGCAUCGAAAUUACUGUCAACUACUUGGGCAUCCAGUUUGAUGUGAAGUUUUGGUCCCAGCACAUCUCCUUCAUCUUGGUGGGCAUCAUCAUCGUCACGUCCAUACGAGGUUUACUCAUCACGCUCACCAAGUUCUUUUACGCUAUCUCGAGCAGUAAGUCUUCCAAUGUCAUCGUGUUGGUCCUGGCUCAGAUCAUGGGCAUGUACUUUGUGUCGUCGGUGCUGCUCAUGCGCAUGAGCAUGCCGCUGGAGUACCGCUCCAUCGUCAGCGAGGUUCUGGGAGAGCUGCAGUUCAAUUUUUACCACCGCUGGUUCGACGUCAUCUUCCUGGUCAGCGCCCUGUCCAGCAUCCUCUUCCUCUACCUGGCCCACAAGCAAGCGCCCGAGAAGCACAUGACACUGUGACACACCCCCCCCCCCCGCCCACCUCCACCACCACCACCCAUUUAAACCCACCAUCAUGUUCUUUUGUAUCAUUGCAAUGGUUCCAACCACUUGUUCCUGAAUCAGGAAUUUUUUAGUGGGCCCUUAAAUACAGUGUGGAAUAAAAAAAAUUCCAUUUGUUCCUUGCUAAAUUGUUUUUUAUUUUUGUGCUACUUUUUGUCCAUUUUUUUUUUUUUUAGUGUGAAAACACUGGAGUUGUUUCUAUCAAUAUCUCAAUUCACGACAUUCUCUUAUUUCACAGUGCGAUUUCUCGAGCGUUCAAUA